GAGUCGCACGCGCGCGCGGCAGCCUUCGUGCCGGAUCCCAGCGAUGUCUUUAUAGCGACAGUGCCAAAGUCGGGAACCACGCUGCUGCAGAUGCUCUGUCACGCCAUUCGCACCCAGGGCCUACACACAGAUUUCGAGGACAUCUACCAAGUGGCACCAUGGGAUCAGAUGGCCUGGGACCUGGGUCAGAGCCUGGAGGCUGAGCAAGUGGCGCGUCCGCGGCUCUUCAAGUCGCAUCUACGACUGGCAUCGCUGAAUCGCGGCGCCAAGUACAUUUGCAGCAUCCGCGAGCCGGAAGCGGUCGUCCGAAGCUGGUGGCGCUUCCUGCGGCAGAAGGAUGUCCCUGCUGUGAGGUGCUAUACGAGCAUCUCAGAGUUCGUCUAUGACAAGGAUUACUUUGCCGAAGGCAUGCGCUUCGGAGCUUCGCUUUGGGACUACUACGUGGAGUACGCCAAGUGCCUGGACCUGCCGCAGCUGCUCGUCGUCUGCUUCGAGGAUCUCGACUCGAAUCUCGAAGGUGAGCUGCCGCGCUUGGUAGAGUUUUUGGGGCUGCCGCCCUUGGAUGCUGAAGCAACACAGCGAGUCCUUCAUCUGUGCAGCCGGCAGAGCAUGUUG